GCAGGUCUCAGAGGACAACAUGUCAGAGCUGGAGAGGGGCAUGGUGACCAUCAUCCGUGUGUUUCACAAAUACUCUGGUCAUAAGUGUAAACUGAGAAAAGCAGAACUUAAAGAGCUUAUCAACAAUGAGAUGAAUCAUUUCAUAAUGAAAAUACAAGAGAACGAAACUCUGGACGAGCUCUUUGCAGACCUGGACCAAAACGGAGACCUGGAGAUUGACUUUCAGGAGUUCAUCACCUUAAUCGCCAUGGUGACCUCAGCCUGCCAUGAACUCUUCAUCCCAAACUACCACAAUAACUAG